ACACGAAUAGCGUGGAUCUGGAUAGGCGCUAGGCGGAAUAAGCAGAGUAGUCAUUGUAUGUAGAGUGGCAGUGGAUUUACAUCUCAGUUGUAUCGAAAAAACCUGACUAAUAUCGAUCUCUGGCCGUUUUAUAAAUUAAGCCUGUACUAACAAAAUGUCGGAGAUUUCGGUUCCUCCUCCAGCUGUCUGGGCUCAGCGCAAUGAUGUCAUUAUAUUAACGUUAAACGUGGAAUGUCCGGAUCCUCUCUUCAAGUUUACUGAAGACUCUAUGUAUUUUAAAGGUUUAGGCCUACCGGAAAAGAAAAACCACGAGGUCACGAUUAGUUUUUAUAAUAAAAUUAAUCCGGAUAAAGUGGUUAGUAAAAAUACUAGCCGAUGUAUUGAGUUUAUUAUCUCGAAAGCUGAUACAAAAGCGUCAUAUUGGCCAAAGUUAACAAAUGAUAAAAACAAACCACACUGGCUUAAAGUGGAUUUUAACCGUUGGAAGGACGAAGGUUCCGAUGACGAUGCGAAUGAAGUCGACAACACCUUGUCUCUUGAUGAUAUGCUGCGAUCUACUAACGAUAGCAAACUUUCUUUUGAUGACUUCGACGAUGAACAGGAGGACUCGGAUGAUGAGGCCAUGCCAGGUUUGACCGAGGAUAAAGAAGAUAAGCAGGCGUUGGAGGACAAAAAAUAGUCAGCUGGUUACUUUCAUCUACUUGAUAUAUACGGAAACAAAUGGCCACGAUCAAUAUUGAAAUAUUGAGGAAAAGGCAAAUUAGGUAACAGCAGUCAAAAAUAACCAUUUAAGUGUCUAUUUGUUUUAAGAGAUAUUGGAGUAAAAGCAUAGAAGAUGAGGAAGCAGAAGCUUAAUUUAAGAAAAUAUGAAUUCAGCAGUAACCAUAAAUAUUGAUAGAUAUAAAUCAUCGGAGCAGUCUGAAUACAUUGUUUAAAAGCACACAUAUUUUCAUUGGAUUUAUUGGUAAAAAAUAAACUUGUUUGAAUAUGGA